AUGUCUGGUCUGCCCUUCCGACACAGACAUCCAGGUCUCCUUGGAGAUCCCUUCAUGGGCUACGAUCCAGACCACGAUCCAAACCCAGACAUGCCCAUCUCUAGCGGUAUCGCCGAGAGAGAGGCUCCGAGCGAGGAUGCUCCCGCUCCUGUCCAACCUGUCGUCAGCUAUGACCGGCUUGUGGUCACCAACCCUCUGGCAAGGGAGCCCAUUCGACCCGAGGCCGAAUGUGUUCGAACAACCUUCCACAUUCAUGUGGACUGGCAACUGGGCUGUAACUUGGCGACGGCUUCCAACAUGACAACCAAGCCAGAUGGCCAACCUGGAUGGGCCUCUUACUUUCUCCGACAAGGCUUCACCGUCUACAUUGUGGAUAUGCCUCCCAGUGGAAGAUCCAACUCUGUCACAGUCUCGCACUGCGAUUCGUCUUACUACCACUCCAUGUCGAUUCAGACCGUCGAGAGUGAGCUCACAGCCCCCGAAAAGGUGACUGCGACCAACCCCAGAAUCAAGUAUCCGGCGGCAAAGUUCCACGACAAGUGGCCAGGGUCCGGUCUUCACCAUGAUGACCCCUAUUUCGCCAACUACUAUGCUAGCUUGACUCCAAUCUGCCUGAAAAAGGUUCAACGUCAGACUUUAGCUCAGGAUUCUCUCCAAGAGCUCCUCAAGCACACGGGAAAGGCAUUUCUCAUCGGCGAGGGCACCGGAAGCAUGAUGGCCUGGCUGGCCACCGACGUCGAGCCCGAUCUCGUAGCCGGAGUCAUCGCCAUUGAGCCCACGGGCCCUCCAUUCGGCACAACGAUCCGUACGCCAGUAAACGGCCACCGCAUCUUCACUCAGAUCGUACGCCACGUUCCGGGAGUUCGGGUCUACGGUCUGACUGACAUUACCCUCACCUAUGAUCCCCCAGCCAAUUUCCAUGGGACCAUCUUGCCUUCUGAUCAUGAGAUGCCUCUUGACCUUGUAGAGCGAAUGAGACCCGACACCAAAGGCACUUGCUACCUGCAGCGCAACCUUCACGAAGACGAAAUCAUCUUCAAUCAUGAGACCGGUCAACAUGAAAUGUCAGGCCUUACUCGAUUUCGCGAGCUCAUGAACCUCAAAAAGGUCCCUCAAGCCGUCGUCACGGCUCACGCGAGCUCCCAUACCACGUAUGACUGGACGACCGUCGCAUUCAUGGUCCAGGCCGGAGUUCCUGUUCAGUGGAUCAAGUUGGACGAGAACCAGAUCUUUGGCAACGGACACCUCAUGUUCCUCGAGACCAACAGCGAUGACAUUGCCGGUCUGCUCACCAAGUGGAUCGACAGCAUGACGCCCGAGACCUUCCGCGGCAAUGUUCAUCAAGCUUCUCAGCAAGUCCAUGCUUCUCCUGAGCCCGCCGAGCUGCCUACCGCUCGCCUCCCGAGUGUUGACCCGAUGGAGGGCGUUGAGCCCACCCACCACAACAAUCAACCAGAGCAGGUCAACCCAGCUCAGCCUGAGCAUGUUGGGUCUACCCACCACGGUGCUCUUUUGCCUAGUGUUGAAGCGGACCAUGCUGGAUAUGUUAAGCUUGAACAGGCGGAGGCUCGUAUCAACUCAGCUCGGUUCGAGCAUACGGAUACCCCUCACCACCACGGUCAGUCAGUCGGCCUUCAAGAGGGCCACGCCGACUUGGCCCAGCCUGAGCAUGCUGAGUCUCAUCACUACGGUUCUCAGUCGCCUGAUUUUGACGAGGAAUUUGCCGACUUGGUUCAUUGUGAACAUGACGAGAUUCCUUACCACAGUGAUCAGUCACCCGGUCCCCAAGAGAACCAUGUCGUCCCAGCUCAGACUGAACAUGAGGAGUUGCCCCCCAACGAUCAGUCGCCCGGUUCUGAAGACGAUGUCGACCUAGUUCCGUCGGAGUAUCCGGCGACCCCUUACAAUACCCCCAACAAUUCCGCUCAGAACUCCUCUGACCGUUCGUACGAGCCCUCUUCAGGUUCUGGUCGAAGCAACCAGUCCUCGGAUUCUCAUCACGACAAUCAACCUGCGGGCUCUCGUCAGGACAGCCAUUCUCUUGAAUCUCACCACUACAACCGGUCUCCAAGUGCCCAAGGCAAUGGUGGCAAUCCAGGACAGUCUGAGCCUACUUCUGACAUCUCCUACAUCAACUCUUCCCCCUCUCAGAGUGAUGACGAGAUUGUGAUUUCCCAGGCAGCUGUUACUCCCCAGAACUCGGCCCAGAGCUCUCUUGGCUACUCGCAGGAUCCAUCUUCCUCUUCUGCCUAUGAACAGUCUACCAACAAGCGACCUGCCCCCUCAUCUUCUGGUCGACGCUCUCUUGCAUCUGACCCGGGCAGUUCUCUCCCCGCCACCUCAUGGGGACCUGCUCCGAAGCGUCCUCGGAUGUCCACGUCUCCCCUUGGGUCAAACUACGCCCCAUCUGCUACCAAUGCAACACCCGGAGGCUCUUGGUAUGCUGAUGAUAGUCCUCAGUUGGGUCGAGACCAGAGUGUUGAGUCGCCCAUCACGAGCCUCGCCAUGUUGCGGCCCGCUCACCCAGCCGGGCCGGCUCAGCUGAGACCUCGAGUCGUCACCACCCUGAGUUCUCCCAUCUUUGUCAGCCCCCCUCCUGUGGGCUACACUCCUCACAAAGAGUUUGUGCGAGAAUAUGGUUUGGUUGACCUCUCGCCUGUUCGGGGGCAGCCUCGCAGUGUUGCCAGAGACGCCUUGGGCCACUCUCCUCGCGACCAGUCCACUCAGGGUCGUUCUGACCAAGCUAACUCUCAUCAGGGGUACACUCAGGGCCACUCUACCCAAGGCUACCGCACUCAGGGCUACGAUACCCAGGGUCAAUCUACUCAAGGUUACCAUACUCAGAGUUCUCCUAUCGAAGGCUAUGGUACUCAGGGUCAUGCUACUCAGAGUCAGUCUGCUCAGGGUUAUUCUACUCAGGUCAACUCUACCCAGGGUCUUUCUGCUCACGGCUACACUACUCAAAUCUACCCCCACUCGGUAGCUCGCUUUGAGUGCCAGCCGGGCACAGCUGAGGAGUCGAUCGCCGCAAUGGCAAGAGUCAACAAAGCCCGAGUGGCCUCCAACGUCAGCCGCUCGGCCGCAGCAGCCGAUGAUGUGCAUUUCUCUCCCUUUAAGCACCCUCGAACUCUUCCAGCCGGCCAGAAAAACCAACCCAAUGAGACAAACACCAGAGAAGCUCCACAGGCCAAGAUCCCCGCGCCAGCUGCACAGCCUAUGCCAGAACGCCCCCGCACUCCUGAGGCUCCAGACUCGGAGGCGGAGGGGGAGGACUGGUACAGCAUGUUUGGUUGUCCCCCUCGUGCGACACCUCCCAGCCCCUCGCCUGCGCCCAGAGGCUCGUCCAACCCGGGGUCUAGCAUCGUGACCCUAGGCACCCCCAUCCGUGAUGGGUCCAGCAAGCGGCAUGCUUCCAAGUGA